UCGACAGGAAAUCAGCGGCGCCUUACACGCGUUGCUCGGUGCGCGCGACAGACGUGCAGCCAUCGCCGGGACGUCCAGCGAACUCGAAAACAUUUUAUAAUAUAACCCGAGCACGCGGCAGACAUGGGAAACGGCGGUGGGACUGGCGAGAAGACGAAGACGAAGGCGACAGGAGGCCUCACCGGUCGCGAACCCUCCUCCUCCAGCCACGCCUCGAAACGGCGUCGGGGCCUGCGCGGCGAGUCCAUGGCUGACCGCUUCUUCCCCAACGACUUUCCCGACUUCGUCGCCGAGGCUGAGGCCUCCGACGGCGACGGCGAGGGGCACCGCCCCGCGGGACUUCGGGGCCUGCUCGAGCUUCCGUACACCAGGCUCUGCGAUCGCUUACUCCGCGCCGCGCGCCGCCUCAAGGACAAGGUCCGCCUCGCUAGGCCGCCACUCGCUCUCUCUCUCUCUCUCUCUCGUUUGCUUUGUCGCCGCCCGCCCGCCAGGUGCUCGACUGAUUGCUCUUGGCUACCCUCCCUGCAGGUGGUGGAGGAGACGUGGCUGAAAGCCGGGCGGAAGGUGACGGACUACACGCUAUACACGGGCUCUCUCGGGACAGCGCUGCUGCUGUUCAAGUCCUUCCAGGUCACUGGAGACCGCGGGGACCUCGCCCUCGCUGCUGACAUCGUCCGCGCGUGCGACGAAGCGUCCCGGGGCCUGCCGUUCUUGACGUUCAUAUGCGGGAGGGCCGGUGUCUGCGCUCUUGGAGCGGUGAUUGCCAAGCAUUGCGAUGAUCAGCUGAGGGUCACUCAAUAUCUGAGCUCCUUUGAUGAGAUAACAGUCACUGAGAAAGUUCCAAAUGAACUGCUGUAUGGAAGGGUGGGCUAUUUGUGGGCUUGUUUGUUCUUGAAUAAGCAUCUCAGCGAGAAGACGAUCCCGGUCGAGCACAUUAAUUCUGUGGCAAAGGACAUCAUUAUCGAGGGAAGAAAUCUUGCAAGCAAGGGGAGUAGCCCGCUGAUGUACGAAUGGCAUGGGAAGAAAUACUGGGGUGCUGCCCAUGGUCUUGCUGGAAUCAUGCAUGUGCUCAUGCACACUGAACUGAAACCAGAUGAGCAGGACGAUGUAAAGAACACCCUGCGGUAUAUGAUCGAGAACAGGUUUCCUAGUGGCAACUAUCCCUCAAGUGAAGGCAAUGAAUCAGAUCGCUUGGUGCAUUGGUGUCAUGGUGCCCCAGGUGUUGCUCUUACGCUUGCUAAAGCAUAUGAGGUCUUCCAUGAUGAUUAUUUCAAGCAAGCAGCUGCAGAGGCUGCUGAGGUUGUCUGGAACCGAGGGCUUCUGAAGAGAGUCGGAAUAUGUCACGGUGUAAGCGGGAAUGCCUAUGUGUUUCUCUCACUCUACAGACUAAGCGGCAAUGUUGAGUACCUCUACCGAGCAAAGGCUUUUGCCUGCUUUCUUCUGGAGAAAGCUGAUCAGCUGAUAGCCGAAGGGGCCAUGCAUGGUGGUGAUCGCUCGUUUUCACUGUUUGAAGGGAAGGCGGGGAUGGCAUACCUCCUCUUGGACAUGGUUGAUCCAUCAGAAUCAAGGUUCCCGGCCUAUGAACUUUGAGAAACCCAAUCUGUACAAUUACCCUGUGGUUUGUGAGGCUGUGUGAUGAUCCAGCACUCUGGAAAACGCUGUGUUUGUGUUCUCUCGUCUACUCUGUAAAUGUGUGCUUGGACCUCGGUGACGCCUGCUGUGUUUGUAGAUUUGGUGUUCCUGAUGUUGCAAACUUGGAUCUUCUGUCAAGUAUACAUGACCAUCACAUUCUGACUAAA